UCGCCAUUCCCUAGCUAGCUGAAAGCCUCAAACCAUAGGGAAGAGAAAUACAUUCUUUUAUUUUUCAUUUUUCAAACAUGACUCGCUCCAUUUCUCUUCCCUUUCCCCCCUCUCUCCUCCUCCUCCUCCUCGUCCUCGUCUUAUCAGCCGCCACUCGGCCACCCUUCGCAUGUGACCCCGGAGAAAAGACGACGAAGGACUUCCCAUUUUGCCGGGAAUCUCUACCGGUGGCGGAGAGAGUGAGGGACUUCAUCGGACGGCUGACAUUGCAGGAGAAGCUUAAGCUGCUAGGGAACACCGCGGCGGCCGUGCCGCGGCUGGGGAUCAAAGGGUACGAAUGGUGGUCGGAGGCUCUUCACGGGGUUUCCAAUGUAGGUCCCGGGACUAAGUUCGGCGGGGAGUUUCCUGGGGCCACUAGCUUCCCUCAAGUGAUAACCACCGCAGCCUCUUUCAACGCGUCGUUGUGGGAACAAAUCGGACGGGUGGCGUCGGACGAGGCAAGAGCGAUGUACAACGGAGGGAUGGCGGGACUGACGUAUUGGAGCCCAAACGUGAACAUAUUCCGAGACCCGAGGUGGGGGCGGGGACAGGAGACUCCCGGUGAAGAUCCGGUGUUAGCCGGUGAGUACGCGGCAAGGUACGUGAGGGGGCUACAGGGAAACGACGACGGUGAGGGUGAGCGGUUGAAGGUGGCAGCUUGUUGCAAGCACUACACGGCUUACGACCUCGAUAACUGGAGCGGGGUCGAUCGUUUCCACUUUAAUGCUCAGGUAAGCAAACAAGAUAUGGAAGAUACAUUUGACGUACCUUUUAGAGAGUGCGUGCUACAUGGGAAGGUGGCGAGUGUUAUGUGCUCUUACAAUCAAGUCAAUGGCAUUCCCACCUGUGCUAAUCCUAAACUCCUCCGCCACACAAUUCGUGGCAAUUGGCGCCUCAACGGGUACAUCGUCUCGGACUGUGACUCGGUUGGAGUUCUCUAUGAUAAUCAACACUACACGUCAACACCCGAAGAAGCAGCUGCUUCUGCAAUUAAAGCAGGUUUGGAUUUGGAUUGUGGGCCAUUUCUUGGGGUACACACAGGGGAAGCCAUAAAGAGAGGGAUUUUGAGAGAAGCUGACGUUGACGGGGCAUUAGUUAAUACAGUUACAAUCCAAAUGAGACUGGGCAUGUUUGACGGAGAGCCGUCGGCCCAACGAUUUGGGAAUUUGGGUCCCGGAGAUGUGUGCACCCCUGCUCACAAAGAGCUUGCACUUGAAGCCGCUAGGCAAGGCAUUGUUCUUCUUAAGAACCGCAAAGCUUCUCUUCCUCUCUCCCCUCACCGCCACCAAACUGUUGCUGUUAUCGGACCCAAUUCAGAUGUUACCGUCACUAUGAUCGGAAAUUAUGCCGGUGUUGCCUGUGACUACACAAGUCCGGUACAAGGAAUAGGAAGAUACGUAAAAACAAUACACCAACAAGGGUGCAUUGACGUGGCUUGCACCAGCGACCAGCUAUUUGGUGCAGCCAUUGAAGCCUCACGUCAAGCCGAUGCGACGGUACUGAUCAUGGGACUGGACCAGUCCAUUGAGGCAGAGUUCAAAGACAGGGCCGGGCUUCUACUACCAGGACGUCAACAAGAACUUGUAUCCAAAGUUGCCAUGGCCUCCAAGGGCCCAACCGUAUUGGUCUUGAUGAGUGGGGGCCCAAUAGACGUGUCGUUUGCCAAGAAUGAUCGACACGUGGCAGGCAUCAUUUGGGCUGGAUACCCCGGCCAAGCUGGAGGAUCUGCCAUUGCUGAUGUCCUAUUCGGAACGCAUAGUCCAGGAGGAAAGUUGCCAAUGACAUGGUACCCACAAGACUACCUCUCCAAGCUGCCCAUGACAAAAAUGGACAUGCGAUCCAACCCGUCAAAAUCCUAUCCAGGCCGGACAUACCGAUUCUACAAUGGUCCAGUAGUGUACCCAUUUGGUCACGGCAUGAGCUACUCAAAAUUUGUUCACACCAUCGCCGCCGCUCCGACCAUCGUCGCAAUUCCACUUGCCGGCCGGCACCGAGGAUCUCAUAACACCACCACCGUCUCUGCAGGCAGGGCAAUAAGAGUAACACACACCAAAUGCAACCGACUCUCUAUCAGCCUGCACAUAGACGUGAGGAAUACGGGAUCCAGAGAUGGUUCCCACACGUUGCUCGUCUUCUCAACCCCGCCUGGGGCUGGACACUGGGCCCCGCACAAGCAGUUGGUCGCGUUUAAGAAAGUUCAAGUGCGCGCUGGGAGUCAAGAGCGAGUUGAUGUCAACAUUCAUGUGUGCAAGUACUUGAGUGUUGUGGAUAGAUCUGGAAUUAGGAGAAUUACUAUGGGUGAACAUAGUCUUCACAUUGGUGAUAUCAGGCACUCUAUCUCCCUUCAAGCAGCUAAUCUGGGGAUAAUCAAAUCAUGAAUUCCCCACCAGAAAGAUCCAUCCAGCUUGCUUUGUCUAUCCCAUUCUUGCUUUCCAAAUCCACUCUUAUUUUAUGGGGUUACUGAAGUGGCAACCCAACUGAUUCUUACUAUAGCUAAUUCGCAAAUGUUAUUUCUUUGAAAGUGAUUUUUUGUUUUUUUUGUUUUUGUUUCUCUUUCAUUCUUCCCUUGUUAUUUACAUAGGACUAGAUUCAGUCAUUUUUAUUUUUUCGGUAUGUAGUAUGUACUUUCAUUAUCUAAAUAAUUAUCAGAUUGGUUUUGAAUUUUA